CGCGUGGAGGACGAGUGACGGAGUCGCUUAUCCUCUUCAAUUUUUCAUUUUUACUCAUCGAUUGCGUAACCGCGAAAGCCAUCGCUUUCGAAGGAAACUUUGUUUGGUUUCUUUGUUAUGUAUACGCAAUUAGCGACGUACGAACUAUAACUCGGGGGACUGAUAUAUAAUCAAUUUUUAAAUAUUUUUAAAUAGCUUCGUUCUUUCCACGAAUCAAACGCCGUCUAGAGUCGGCAUAGAACUUUCCGUGCAGCGAGACUUUGUAGAUAACGAGGUGUUGGUGGUGGAUGAAUUUUCCGCGCGAGUUUGCUUUCUGUGUUUAGUUUCGUGCACCAUGAUCACGGACGUAACACAUGAGAACGAAUUGUGUCAAGUUUCUCGCCGCUGUCAUUUGACGAAGUUUCAUUAACAACCAUCCUGUUGGGUUUAUUUUCUAGCUGGCUUCGUAACGGUUUAAUUAAUUUCUAAUCAUUAGACAUGGCAGACACGACCGUGGACGCAACACGCCGUUUAAACGUUAAAAAACAGACCUUAGACGACGCUUAUGCAGCGCCUGCAAAUUUCCUCGAAAUUGACGUGAUUAAUCCAAUCACACACGGCGUCGGCAAGAAACGGUAUACCGAUUAUGAAGUUCGCAUGAGGACAAACCUACCAGUUUUCAAAGUUAAAGAUUCAACAGUGAGGAGAAGAUACAGUGAUUUCGAAUGGUUAAGAAAUGAAUUAGAAAGGGAUAGCAAGAUUGUUGUGCCUCCAUUACCAGGAAAGGCAUGGAAACGUCAAAUGCCUUUUCGAGGGGAUGAUGGUAUUUUCGAAGAAGAUUUUAUUGAAGAUCGAAGGAAAGGGUUAGAAGAAUUUGUUAAUAAAAUAGCAGGACAUCCAUUAGCACAGAAUGAAAGAUGUUUACAUAUGUUUCUGCAAGAAGCUGUAAUAGACAAGAACUACGUACCUGGAAAAAUACGUAAUACAUAAGUUAUAAUAAGACUCAUUGCAAGUAUACUUUUCUCCCCACCUUGAAUAUUUAGUCAUACUUGACUAUGUUAAAAAUUGAUUCUACAAUCUUAAAAGAUCCUUCUGUAUUUAUAUGCAAUAUUUAAUCGAGCUUUCAAUGCUGUGAUGUCAAAUUAAAAUUCGUUUCUUUGGAAAUAGUUGUGUUUAAAACAUUGUGUAUCAUAUACUCAGAAGGAUCUAAGCGACAUCAUCAGUCAUUGAAACAAUGUAAUAAAAGUUUUUUGCUUUAUCUUUUGUUUAAUGAUGUUGUAGUAAUAUUGGCUUCUUGUAAAAAGA